CAUCAACUUCGAUAAUAGAUAUUUUUAACUUGGCCAUUCACCUCAUAAGUACAGACAUGAUUUAGUGCCUUAGAUAGGCUGGAAAGAGGCAUUGUUCCUUUCCUCCUUAUUUUUUCCUCUUCUAACUUGCAGUCUUUUAUUUUAACUUGGUUUAUUUUAACUUACAAUUUCUAUCUUAUUCUGAAAAUUUUCCGAAAUGUUGAUCACCACCCAGCUUUUGUUGUUGUAUAUAACAUGGAUACAACUGAAAUUGUAUCAUUUUAUCAGAAUUCACCAGACGAGCUUUAUCUGUUGUUUGAGCAGUUCUGUGACCACUUCCAUGCAACAUCAAGGAAUUCAAUGUAUAUGAAUUUCAUAUCUUCUCAUUCAAAUAAUAUCCACGCACUGGAACAGCUCCGGAGCAUUAAAGAUAAGGCAAGCAGCUCUGCACAGGCUGACAAAGCCAUUGCAGAAAUUGAGGCAAAGUGUGGCCAAAAAAUUGAAGAAUGCAAAGAAGAACAAAGGCAGCAGUUGAUGCGCAUUGAAGAUGAACACACGUUGCUCGUAAGCAUAGAAAAAGUCUUGAAUUUGAAAUUAUUGGCUGCUUAGAAAUAUUCUAUCAUUGCAUUCUAUUACAUGGGAUCAUAAGUGUUCUGAUUUGUCUUUAGUUAUAUUUUUAAUUACUUAAUGUUCUAAUUAAUUGAAAAAACCAUUUUUUUAAAUAAAGUUACUUUCUGAUUAGUAUUUGUUAGAGAUGCAAUAUAAAGUCAUUCAUGUAUCGUUACCUAGCAGCUUGAGCUUUUUGGAUAGUUUGUUAAUGACAUGGUACGAAAUUCUCUAUGACUAUGUGGUCUAGAGAUCAAAGCAUUGAGGUGUGAACUUGAAGAUGAGUGUCAGAAGCUGGAAGAGGAGUUGCAUCUUCAAAAAUCCAAAGAAGACAGGCAAAGGGCUUUGUUGCAGUUGCAGUUGAAAGUGAUGAGUGACAAGCCCAAAGAGGACCAAGAAGUGAAUUCAAAACAGGUUUACUUGUGUUU